AUGGCCUUUCGGUCAUGGUUAAUAGUACCUCUCUCGCGGGGUUACAUUGUCCGCCCUCGGUUUCGGAGCACUAUUCGUGGUCUGGCCACCGCCACUAGCAGCUCUCAAUCAUACGAUGUUGUCGUUAUUGGAGGUGGACAUGCUGGUUCGGAGGCCUGUGCUGCGGCGGCUCGCUCUGGUGCUCGCACAGCACUGAUCACCCCAUCACUCUCCAACAUUGGUGUAUGUUCAUGUAACCCGAGUUUUGGAGGAAUUGGAAAGGGCACAAUGAUCCGUGAAGUCGAUGCCAUGGAUGGGGUUGCUGGACGUAUAAUCGACAAAGCUGGUGUCAUGUUCCGGGUUCUCAACAAAUCAAAAGGUCCAGCUGUCUGGGGUCCGCGCGCCCAAAUCGACCGUGACUUGUACAAACGAUACAUGCAGGAAGAAUUGCUUCACACGGAAGGACUGAGCAUCUUGGAAGGAAAGGUUGCAGACAUAGUUGUUUCAAGUGAAGGGAUGGAAAAUACUUCGGGGCCCACUAAAAGCAAGAUCGUUGGAGUCAGGCUUGAAUCAGGAGAAGUCAUCCCUACCGGCCAUGUUGUUAUCACAACAGGGACGUUUUUGGGUGGAGAGAUCCACAUAGGCCUCAAAGCGUUCCCCUCAGGCCGCAUGGGUGAGGCACCUACCUACGGACUAAGUAAAUCCCUCCGCGAUGCUGGCUUCCAGCUCGGCCGUCUGAAAACCGGGACUCCUCCACGACUGGAUAUGAAGACGAUAGACUUCGCACCCCUGGAGAUGCAGAGAGGCGAUUCACCCCCGCGCCCAUUUUCGUACCUGAAUAAAACAGUCCAAAUUGGUGACGAAGAGCAGCUAAACUGCUGGAUGACCUAUACAAAUGAAGCUGCACAUGACAUUGUCCGUGCGAAUUUGGACAAGUCGGUGCACAUACGGGAAACCGUAAAAGGGCCGCGGUACUGUCCUUCUCUAGAGUCGAAAAUAAUCCGUUUUCAUGACAAAAAGCGCCAUUUGAUCUGGCUGGAACCAGAAGGUUUCGCGCCCAACGAGGUUAUAUAUCCGAAUGGGAUCUCCAUGACCAUUCCGGAGGAUGCCCAGCUUGCCAUGUUACGGACGAUUCGCGGCCUCGAGAAUGUACAUAUGCUUCAACCUGGGUAUGGGGUGGAGUAUGACUACAUCGACCCCCGCAACCUCUGGCCCACGCUUGAGACGAAACUGAUAGGUGGUCUCUACCUUGCUGGGCAAAUAAAUGGUACCACCGGAUAUGAAGAAGCAACAGGACAAGGGAUUAUCGCCGGCACAAAUGCUAGUCUGUCAGCCCAAGGUCGACCACCGCUUACACUUAGCCGGUCGGAUGGGUUCAUUGGGAUCAUGAUAGACGACCUUAUUACAAAAGGAGUAUCCGAGCCUUAUCGCAUGUUCACGGCUCGGAGCGAAUUCCGCAUGACCACUCGAUCAGAUAACGCUGAUUUCCGUCUAACACGUUUGGCGCACAAGGCUGGUAUUGUUACAGAGAAGCGCUGGCGUCAUUUCAGCGAUAUCGAAGCACAAAUCGGAGAACUUCGGAGCCUUCUCUCCAGUACAAAGAUGUCAUCCAACGCCUGGAGCCGGAAUGGUUUUAAAGUUCGAGCCGAUACCUCAAUCCGUUCUGCUGCAGAGAUACUCUCCGUCGACGGAGUCGAUAUUGAUACUUUGAUUCCUCUCAUUGAAUCCCCUUCCGGAGUCGCCUAUACACCCUCAUCCUUCGACCCUGAAAUUCGAGCCCGUUUAACUAUCGAACGCCGAUAUGCCCCAUUGAUCACACAGCAGCAGUCAAGAGCAAGGAAAUUCUUGCAGGAUGAAAAUCUGCGCCUCCCUGCUGAUCUAGAUUAUUCGAAGGUUAAGGGCAUUAGUAACGAAGAAAAGCAAGCCCUUGAGCGUGUCAGACCAGUCAGCGUGGGGAUGGCUCGACGGAUUGAAGGAGUCACUCCAACGGGCGCCCUGCUAUUACUUUCACAUGUGCGCAGGAAUGCUGCUCUCACGUCGGAUGAUGCUCUUGGAGAGGCACCAGUGGAGGUAUUGUCCCAAUCAAGAACACCGUGA